AUGAAGCUCACUGUUAUCUCCCUCCUCGCGGUUGCCUUCCUGUCUGUGGGACCUGCAGGUGCGAUUCCUGUCGACGGCAUCCAAGAUGCAACCACUGUCGAUGCGGUUUCUCGGACCGACGAUGCCAUGCCGUCAGGUCCCAGUGCAACCUUGACUUCCGAUAAGUCGGAUCAUACAUACACACAUGCUCAUGGUCAAAAGGAAACCCAAGAUGCCGAUCCAAGCACUGACGAUGAGAUUUCUCAGACCGACGGUGCCAUGGCGGCAGUUGCUGGUACAACCAUGGUUUCCCACAAAUUGGACCAUAACUGCACAGAUGCCCAUGGCCAUGAGGAGUUCGAAGUUGCUAAUGCGGCCACUACCGAUCCGAUGUCGGGGACCGACGAUGCCAUGCCAGCAGGUGCCGGUGGAACAGUGACUUCCAACAAGUCAGAUCAUAACUGCACAGAUGAUCAUGCUCAUGAGAAGUUCGAACAUGUUAGUCCAGCCUCUGCCAUUACGGCUCCAGGCAGUGACGGGGCGUUGAAAGCUUUGGUUAAGAGAGCUUCACCCCAACGCGGCACUCCUGAUUCCAUGGAAGCCCACCGCGAUAGUGCUGCAGAGGUUUCUUCUCCGGGCAGUCAGGGUAAUUCCCGUUCACCUUCAGCUGACAGCGCCCAAGAUGACAAAUGGAUCCAUGGUACCUGCAAGCAAAAUAAAUGCACUGUAACCAUGCCAGGUGAAAACAAGGAACGUAAGGCGGACUGCCAUGUCGACUCCCCGUGUUUAUAUCUUGGUUCUUGUGUCGUUAGUGUGCGCAAUCCGGGCGUGGCAUUUUGCAGUUAA